CUGGCCUUUCUUGGCCUCAAACUUAUUUUGGUUGUCUAUUCGCGGCAUUCUCUGGCAAGGGUUCGGCAAAUCAAUGCCGUACUGGCCAAGCUGACCUUCUACCGAAGCUGCGCUGCUCAGUUGUGGAAAUUCGUUGACUUCAUGGUGACCUAUCGACCCAGUAUAUUUGUGCACCUCGUACCCUUCAUCCGCUUCCAGAUGAUGAAUAUAAACUGCGAAACUCAGGGUGAACAGGCCUUUCAACAAAUAAUUGGUCAGAAGCUGUUGGGUCUCCAUGUGCCUCCACAGCCAACCAUUGUGUCCCUUGUCAAGGACCUACUGUUGGACCUGAGGGUGUUGCAAGAAGAAAAGAGGGUCAUCGUCUUUUUUGCCUCGCGCUACAUUGCCAUGGUUUCGGAUUGA